GCCGGCACGUCUUUGAGGAUUCAGAAUGACCUGAUCAGCGCUGUCGCUAGUGUAAUGACGGAUAGCAUGAAAGAGGAGCUGAGGAAGGCACCUUUUGUCGCGGUCAUGUUGGAUGAAACAACAGACAUUAGCAACGUGGCACAGAUGUCAUAUGUGCUUCGAUAUGUCACUGAAGAUGGGAUAAAAGAGCGUUUCUUCAAGUACGAAGAUGUGACAGAGGACAAACGAGCAGAGGCCAUAGCUACACGGCUGCUGGAGUUCCUGAGGGAGAGUGGCUGUAUUGACAAAGUGGUCGCGCAGUGCUACGAUGGAGCAGCUGUUAUGGCCUCUGGAUUGAAUGGGGUGCAAGCGAAAGUUAAGGAAACAAUUCCACAGGCCCUUUUCAUUCACUGCUAUGCUCACAUCUUAAAUCUCGUCUUGUCAAAGGGAGCUUCCAAGAUAAGAGAGUGUAAGGUCUUCUCCUCACACCUCUCUGGCUUGGCCACCUUUUUCAGCCGCUCAGCAAAGCGCACCAAGCUCCUGGAUGAUAUUUGCCAGCAUAGGCUUCCACGGGCAGCUCCCACUCGCUGGUGCUUUCAUUCUCGCUUGGUGUGCACAGUGGCAGAGAAGACCAGGGAAUUGAGAGAGGUGUUCGAGCACAUCGUAGACCAUCACACAGAGUUUGAUGACGAAACUGUUCAUUGCUCUGAUGGAUACAUCACCCUCCUUACCAGCUUCGAUUUCAGCUUUUGGUUGAAAACCUUCCACGCUAUCUUCUCCUACUCGGAUGUUGUUUUUCAAAUACUUCAGAACAAAGGUUUUGAUAUGCAGUUCUGCCUGGCCAGAGUGGAUCAGCUACAGCGACAAAUUGAACAGGAGAAGGGGAACUUUGACAGCGUCUACGAUGAAACCCAGGCUUUGGUUGGCCCUCCGCGCGGCCGUGGAGCUCAAGGAGACGUUCGCGCACGGUACAGGGAGCUCCACUGCAGCGUAAUUGACAGCCUGCUAACCCAGAUUGCCAACCGCUUCAGUGACCACAAAAAGCUGGAAUUCCUGGCCCUUCUGGACCCGCAACAGUUCGGGCAUUACUGUAACUAUUUCCCAACUGCUGCCUUGAACAGUUUGAUGGAGAGCUAUGGCGGAUAUUUCGACCAGCCUCGACUGCACACGGAACUCGCCGUGAUGUACGGCAUGUCUGACAUUUUGGGGAAAAGCCCAGCCGGCAUUCAUCAGUUUCUCCUAAAAAAAGGACUGAGUGAAAGCAUGAAGCAGGUGUACACCCUCUCAUGCAUCAUCCUGACAAUACCUGUGUCCACUGCCUCUGUGGAGAGGUCAUUCUCUGCGCUGAAGCGCAUAAAAAGCUACUCGAGGUCCACGACUGGGCAAGUCCGACUGUCAGACUUGGCCUUAAUUUCGAUCGAGAAGGAAUUGCUGAUUGCUUUAAAAGCAAAGGAUCAGCUGCAUGACCCCGCCAUCAAGUUCUUCAUACAAAAGGACAGGAGGAUGGACUUUGUGUUUCAGUGAUAUGAUCAUCAAAGGGAAGGGGGGGUCAGAGGGCCUAGGUAGAAAAGUCACGGC